AUGGCAUUCAUUAAAGAAAAACACGUCCAAUAUGUCAAGGACUUGGAUUCGGAAACUUCAAAACAGUCAUAUGAGUACUGGUUGACCGAACACUUGCGAUUAAAUGGACUUUACUGGGGCAUCACUUCGUUAGUUACUAUGAAAUACUUAGACGCUUUACCGCAAGAUGAGGUGAUAAGUUUCAUAAUGGGGGCAUGGGAUCAAAAGAAUGGAGGAUUUGGAUCGUUUCACAGACAUGAUGCUCAUAUCUUAUCCACGCUCUCUGCCAUUCAAAUAUUGUCUAUAUAUGGAAAACUCGACCUAUUAGGGCCCAAAAGAGAACUCUUGGUUCGUUUCAUAAAGGGACUACAGCUUCCCAAUGGUAGUUUUCAGGGAGAUAAGUUUGGAGAAAUUGAUACCAGAUUCGUUUAUACUGCGUUGUCUUCGCUUUCAAUACUAGGUGAAUUGACCUCAGAAAUAGUCAACCCUGCGGUGGAUUUCAUAAUGAAGUGCCAGAAUUUUGAUGGUGGCUUCGGAAUGGUCCCUGGAGCUGAAAGUCAUGCUGCUCAGGUAUUUACGUCUUUGGGUGCAUUAGCUAUAACAGAUCGAUUGCAUUUAAUCAAUGAAGAAAGAGUCGGUAGCUGGUUAAGCGAAAGACAGGUACUACCAAGUGGUGGUAUGAACGGUCGACCAGAGAAGUUGCCUGAUGUGUGCUAUAGUUGGUGGGCUGUCUCGUCCCUUGCAAUUAUAGGAAAGAAACACUGGAUUAAUGCAGAAAAAUUACAGCAAUUUAUCUUACGUUGCCAAGAUGCGGAAAAUGGUGGAUUUAGCGAUCGAGAAGGUAAUCAAACUGACGUUUUCCACACAUGCUUUGGUAUAGCUGGAUUAGCUCUUUUGGAUCACGAGCACUUUGAAUUGAAUCCAAUAGAUCCAGUUUAUUGCAUGCCAUUGUCAGUUACUAAGAAUUUUAAAAAAUGGAAAUAG